AUGAUAUCCCUGACCGACCAGUUCAACUGGAGAUCUUUUGUCCUCUUUGACAAAUUUACUAUUCAAUCCUUCAAUAUCUACACGCUCACCAUGUGCUUCGGUCUAUGCGAGUACGACGACGAAAGAUAUAGUCCUCCUCGGCGAUCCAACUACCCAGGGUACAACUACUCUGGUCCAAACAACUGCAACUACAAUUACGGCUAUGAUAACGUGAGACACCGAAGUGGACGUCGUCACCAUGGACUUUUUGCCACUAUGCCAGCAGAGGUAGGCGGCAGCGCUGCCGGUUGUGGAGGAGGAGGAGGAGGUUGCGGUGGUGGUGGUGGUGGUGGUGGCGGCGGGGGUGGGGGUGGUUGCUGA